UAUAGUUUCAACUAAAAAUCAUAGAAUUAAAGUAGCUAUGGCAAAACGUAAAACUGGACGGAUAAUUGUGUUCAUAGUCUAUAUCUUAACACUGAUACUGAUGAUAGCUGAUCUCGUACUUAAUUUUUCUUGUAUAUUUCUGUUUUACAUAAUGACAAAUGCUAUCUUGUUAUUUCGUGUGUUCGGAGUUCAUUGGUUCACAAGAUUUUUACACGUUCUAUUAUUUAUAAUUUUGAUAGGUGCAUUGAUAUACUUUACGAUAUCCGAGAACCUGGUGUUUGCGUUCUUGGCAAUCAUCGUGAUCAUUCAGUUUCUUUUUUCUCUACACUUUGUACUGUUCCGUCCCGGUUUUACCAUAGAACAGAGAGCUAGGCGCGUUGGGUGGCAUGCAUUUUUGGGUCUUUUGGUAGUAGUAUCGUUCUUUUGGAUUAUAUCCAUUCUACUACCAAAUAAUUGGGGUGUUUUUCUUGAAAUGAUUUAUGUUUUGCUAUUUCUUUUCAUUGUUAUGACACCGCAAUUUAUGUCGGCGAAGCAAGCGGUGGUAUUAGCAAUCAAGGAUCGCAGUCGUCGUUCAACCAGUGCAAGCGUACACAGCGUAGAUGGGCGAACCAGUCGCGGAUCGCAAAGAGGUGACAGUCGCAGAUCUAGCAAGGAGUGCCGCAGGUGAGAUUCUAAUUCCAUUCCAAUGUGAUUUGAAGAAUCUUACCCAGUUUUAACUACAAAUGAAAAUGGUUUAUUUAAUCUUAUCACAGUAUUCGCACAACAAGGCUAUUUAAAGUCAUAACUCUCAUCAUAUUUAUUUGUUAUUAAAGUGAAAUAU